CUGGCGGGGCCCGGACGGAAGAUGGUGCAGAAGAAAAUCGGCGAGCCGGACGGCUUCCACCGCCCGUUCAAGGGGCCGAAUCCUUUCGAGCUGGCCUUUGCUCUAGACCAGGCCCACCUCGGGGACGGGGACGCUGACUUUGGCCUGGAGUGCCCAGCCCGCCCCGACAUGCCAGCAAGCCAGCCCAUUGACAUCCCAGACGCCAAGAAGCGCGGCAAGAAGAAGAAGAGGUGCCGGGCCGCCGACAGCUUCUCAGGGCGAUUUGAAGAUGUGUACCAGCUGCAGGAGGAUGUGCUGGGGGAGGGGGCGCAUGCCCGCGUGCAGACCUGCAUCAGCCUCAUCACCAACCAGGAGUAUGCUGUGAAGAUCAUCGAGAAGCAGCCCGGGCACACUCGGGGCAGAGUGUUCCGGGAGGUGGAGACGCUGUACCAGUGCCAGGGGCACAGGAAUGUUCUGGAGCUGAUUGAGUUCUUUGAGGAAGAGGAUCGCUUCUACCUGGUGUUUGAGAAAAUGCGAGGAGGCUCCAUCCUGAGCCACAUCCAUCAGCGCCGCCACUUCAACGAGCUGGAGGCCAGUGUGGUGGUGCAGGACGUGGCCAGUGCCCUGGACUUCCUACACAACAAAGGCAUCGCACACCGGGACCUCAAGCCAGAGAACAUCCUUUGUGAGCACCCCAACCAGGUGUCCCCCGUGAAGAUCUGCGACUUCGACCUGGGCAGCGGCAUCAAACUCAACGGGGACUGCUCCCCCAUCUCCACUCCAGAGCUGCUCACCCCGGUCAGCACCCUUGGGCCGGAACGGGAGGGGGCGGGCAGAGGCGUAGGGAGCCCGCGAAGCUUGGGCUUCUGCCCAGCAACAGCCGCUGAUUGGCUAGGCCCGGUGGGCGGGUUUCCAGUGGCAGACUCUGAUUGGUCGGCUCUGGGCAGGGCGGAGCCGAAGUCUGGCGGGCUCCGGGCCAGGGCACUGCACCGAAGGGUCCGCCGGUAUGUGCGGGCAGUGCCGCUGACCCCGCCGCUUGCCUCGCAGAAUAUGCUGUUUGAGCGCAUCCAGGAGGGCAAGUACGAGUUCCCAGAGAAGGACUGGGCGCACAUCUCCUUCGCUGCCAAAGACCUCAUCUCCAAGCUCCUCGUGCGGGACGCCAAGCAGCGGCUGAGCGCCGCCCAGGUCCUGCAGCACCCCUGGGUGCAGGGGUGCGCCCCAGAGAACACGCUGCCCACGCCCAUGGUCCUGCAGAGGAAUAGCUGUGCCAAAGACCUGACUUCCUUCGCUGCGGAGGCCAUCGCCAUGAACCGGCAGCUGGCCCAGCGCGAGGAGGACGCCGAUGGCGAAGCCGGGCCCGUCCUCAUCCGAGCUACCUCACGCUGCCUGCAGCUGUCGCCGCCCACCCAGUCACAGCUGGCCCAGCGGCGCCAGAGGGCCAGCCUAUCCCGGGGCACUGCACCCGUGGUCCUCGUGGGUGACCGCGCGUGAGCACCCACCUGCCCCGCCCCUGUACAUAACCCUGCCCCUCCCCACUCCCACCCAGAUCAACAGAUUUUUUUUUAAGCUAUCGCCGCCGCCGCCGGUGGUGGCCCGGGCAGGACUCCCCGGCCCCGAGCUCGGCUAGGGGCGGCAUUUUCUAUAUGAGCAUUUUGCUGUUGGGCUUGUUCCUUUUCUUCCGUUUUUUCUCUUCCCUCCCCCUCUCCCUUCCCUUUUCUAUUUUUAAUGGUGUUAAAAGCAAAGCAAGCGCCGCCUGGGACAGGGGUGUGCGCAUUGCAGGUCCUCCUCGCCCUGCCCUGUCCCCUCACCUGUACUGUGAACAGAGGCGCUGGGCUCCGCCUGAGGUCACCUGCCCCUGCCCCCAUUGUCCCCUCAAGAGGGGAGGACUGCCCAGCCUUCUGGAGCCAGGGCAGCCCACGCGCCGCCCCCUCUCCAACCCCGAGGCCCCCUUCCUCUUUUUCAGGUUGGAUGGGCCCCCUCGACUCAGAACACCCGGGGUGGCUUUGUUGGGGACAGGGGACACCCUGUCUGAAGGGGAAGGUGCACACCACCCACAGGGAUCCCUCCACCAGCCCCUUGCCCCCCCACCCACUCCCCUGCCCCUUGGCCACCCUGUUUGUUCCUUUGAGAAUUGACAAUCCAGCGCUUCCUUUGAGGCCAGGCCUGGCCUGUGCUCUUGACCUUAAACUGCAGCUGCUGCUGGCCGCUCACCUGCUGACCCUACCCCCGUCCAGGUAGCCUACCCUGCCCUCACCUGGCCCCGCCCAGGAGGAGGCAGUCCAGGUGCCGGUCAGCUGACCUGGGGUUCCCCAGCCCCCAGGCACCUGAGUCCUUGUCUCAGGGCCCCUUCCCACCACAGUAGGGGCAGGCAGGGAUGUCGCCCUUAGCCCCCUAGGACUGGGAGCUAGGGCCAGAACCCCUAGCCCACCUUUAGGACACCGGCUGCCACUGCCCCAGCCUCAGCCCUCUUUGGGCACCCAGGACCUGCCGGGCAGCAUCCCAUCCCUGCUGGCCUUGCACCUGUGCCCGCCCCUCUUCCCCACCACCCAGCGGAGUGGGGGAGCAGGACACCCCCCCACCCCCACCCCCCGCCUGGACGGAGAAAUACUAUGCAAUACGAGCUUCCUUCCCACGUGCACAUGGGGUCCACCUGUCAAGGAGGGGGUCGUCAGCUGGGGCACACAGCCACCCUCCAAGCCCCCCCCAGCCCCCAGGUCUGCUCAGGGCGGGGAUAGUUCCGAGCUGCGUCGGGACUGCUCCUCGUGUUUAGUUAGGUUUUUUAAAAACAUCAGUGGACCCCCCUCCCCAUUCUCGAAGAAUACUUGACUGUGGGAGCCGCAGGCAAGGGAUGUGGGGUGGGACCCCGUCUUCCCGGGCCUCCCCACCCCCUCCCGGGUCUUGUGCGAUCGUUGCUGUCUAUGAUGGGCACUAGUGGGGAGCAAAGGCCCCUUCAUGGCUGUCCGCCCACCUGGAUCUGGACUGGGUUGGUUUUCUUCCCAAAGACUCCCUGUUGUGCUUCCCAGAGGGGGGUGCAGUAGCGGCCACCCGUCCUCCCAGGCCCCCAUUUCUCAACCACCCUUGAUUCCAUGCCUUUUGCAACUGGGGGGGGGGGGGGAUUCUCAGCAUUUUUGUAAUCGGAACAAAACCUGGACACCUUUGCCCAUCGCAGGCGCCCGUGAGGCUCUGAGACUCCAGACUUGGGCUGGCAGCUGGUAUCUCUAGGUGUGGUGUUGAUGGGGAGACAGCAACUGGCUCCAGGUGUUGGCACCCAGCCCGUAGGACUGCCCCAGGUGUAACUGUGACAGACCAGCUACGGUGGGGCGGGGUGGGCCCUCUGUUCCAAGGUCGCCAUGUUCCAAGACAAUUUUCAAAACGUUUUUUAAAGCGGGGGAGGGGGGAGAACAUGCAAGCACUUUAACGCCAUUGUACCAGGUGAACUGACACAGCUCAGACGUUUUCCUUUACACCAACUGUCAAGGCCAGAAUUUUGUAUUCUGUUUUGUAAAAUUUAAUAAAAGUCAUAAAAACACGA